GGCACAACAGGAAAAAUGCCGAGGUCUAUAGCAGUCAACAAAACGUACCUGUGGAAGACGAAGAGAAUGUCGGGCGUAGAGAUCAAGCAGGUGGCUCCUUCCGUGGGGCUGGGCGAGGGUCCCUAUUGGUCGCAGGAGGACAAGGCGCUCCUCUUCGUGGACAUCGUCGGCGGCGACGUCCACAGGGUGUUCCUCGAGACGGGGAGGCAUCAGGUUCUCCACGUCGAGGCAGAUGAGUCGGGCCCCAGCGUGUCCCUGGUGAUCCCCGUGGAGGGCGACCGCGACCUGUUCCUGGUGGGUCUGGGCCGCUCCCUGGCCGUCGUCAGGUGGGCGGUCUCAGACCCGGACCGACACACAGUGAAGGCGAAGGCCGUCCUGCACACCGUCGACCACCAGAGCCCUACAAACCGUUUAAACGACGGCAAGUGCGACCCUCAAGGGCGCCUCUGGGCAGGCACGAUGGGCUUCGAGUCGACCCCCGGCGAACCUCGGCUUCACCAGGGCUCGCUUUUCCGCCUCGGCCACGACCUCCAGCUCUCCCACAUGGUCGGCAAGAUCUCCAUAGCCAACGGCCUGGCCUGGAGUCACGACAAGAAAACAUUUUACUACAUUGAUUCCUGUACAUUCUGCGUCGAAGCCUUUGACUAUGAUGACAACACUGGCAGCAUUUCCAACCGUCGGACUGUCAUCGGGUACAAGGCGGCAGGACUGCAGAAGGACAUCCCAGACGGAAUGUGCAUCGACGAGGCGGGCCAUCUGUGGGUUGCGAACUUCUACGGCAAAAAGGUGAUCUGCGUCGACCCCAACGCCGGCAAGAUUCUCCGCACGGUGGAGCUCCCCGCCCAGCUCACCACGUCCGUGUGCUGGGGCGGCCCCGACUACAGCACCCUCUUCGUCACCUCUGCGCAGACCGGCCUGACGGAGGAACAGCUGGCUGCUGAGCCGAGAGAGGGAGGAACUUUCGCCAUCACGGGUCUGGGAGUGAGAGGUGUUCCUCCUACCAUGUUCAAGGCUGAUAUGAAUCUGCUGAGAGCGAAAAUUUUUUCUGAAAUUACUGGUGCACCUGUGUUCCUCAGUUCCUUUAUGUUCAGCACUCCUUGCGUUUCCCAGUCCGUGUUCCCAGUCCCGACGCUGUUUACAGAGGGACCUCAUUCAUUGAUGUGCCUCUUUGAAGCGGAUCUGCUAGCUAACGGAGUGAGCAUGUGUGGGGGUGGGGGGGGCAAGGUGAGAGAAGGUGGGGACAUUCACAGACCUGGAGGACGCACAGGGGACACUCUCAGACUUCACUUUGUCAGCAGACAAAAAAGUCACCCUGUGAAAAGCAUCCGAUUUUCGUUGCAAUGGUGCAAUCCGAGCAGUGCAGGUAACUCGCCGAGGUCACAGUUGCAGCCUUUCACAAAUUCACUGCUGUGUGUCGGCCAGUUUCCGCAAGCACUUGGCGAGGAACGUCACUUAUUUGCCAUGAGCCAGAUAAGUGCCCUGAUGGAGGGGGUGACAGUGGAGCAGCUGGACUUCCCGCCCUUGGUGCUGGGCGAGGGACCCUACUGGAUCGAGAGCCUCCAGGCCCUCAUGCUCGCCGACGUCUACAGCAACAUCCUCAGGAGGCGCUUCUUCCCCUCCGGCAGACACCAGGUUCUUCGUCUAGGCGAGACCGGCGGCCCCAACGACCUGGUGACAGCCGCGAUCCCCGUGGAAGCCGAGGCCGACCUGUACGUGGCCGUGACGGGGAAGGACUUGUCGUUCCUGCGCUGGACGACCCGGGAUCCCGACGACCACAACACGACCGCGAAGUCCGUCCACACGACCAGCGACUUCGGCUUCAACGACGCCAAGUGCGACCCUCGAGGACGACUCUGGGCAGGCACGGUGUCCCUGUUGGACGAAGGCAAAGAAGCGACGGAGGCUAAUGCUUCGGCGCUGUAUAGGAUGGACAGUAACCUCGUUGUCACUAAAUGGGCCCCGGUGUUCCUCUCCAACGGCCUGGCCUGGAGUCUGGACCGCAAGAACUUCUACUUCGUGGACACUCACACUCGCACCAUCGACGUGUUCGACUACGACGACGAGUCCGGAGCCAUCAGUAACCGCCGCCUGCUGCUUGACUACGCCAAGGCCGACCUGAGAGAUCAAGUUCCGGAUGGAAUGGCGAUCGACGUCGAUGGGAACCUGUGGGUGGCGUCCUUCGGUGCACAUCAGGUCAUCUGCCUGAACCCCAGGUCUGGCAGGAUCCUCCGCUGGGUCACCAUUCCGGCCAAGAACCCGACUUCGGUGUGCUGGGGGGGACCCGACUACUCCACCCUCUUCGUGACUUCGGGAACGCUCUUCAUGACCCCGGAGGAGGUCGUGGCUAACCCGUCUUCGGGAAGAACCUUUGCCGUGACAGGUCUUGGCACUAAGGGCCUCCCCGCUGCGCGCUUCAGGGUCAAUUCUGAGCAGCUCCGGGCACGAAGGGUGCUUGUGUGACGGGUUUUAGGGACGGGCACUGCCAUGGCAUGGUAGGAAUAUGCUACUGUAAGAUAACGAUGAGAUGAGCAACGGAAAGUGGCUUCGAACGCUGUUUAAGCCAACGUCACAAACGUAUUUUUUAAGGAUUCACUAUAUAUUUCCAGUUUCAGUUUGGCAGUUGUAUCUCACACUUCUUCCUGUUAUAGUUCGCUGUUCGGUGAAGAUUCGCAAAAAAUAACGGAAGAUAUAUGCUUUUCCUUCAGACAAAUAAGGUGAUACUUUUUAUCUCUAUUUAAUAAUUUCUAACAAUGACAAAGUUUUGUCUGCAUUGUCAAAUGACAAGAAUGAUCUGAUUCUGUUCAUAAUCUAAAUGAUAAUAUAGUAAUUCUCUUAUAUUGAAAUUAACUUCUUUCAUAUAGUUUUUACUUAUGGUUUCUCAAUAAGUAAUUUUAUAUUUUACUUUCGUCUGUCUUGCGGUCACCCGUAGCUUUAUUUUUUUCCUACACUUUGAAUAAACAUUCACACUUUUAGUUAAGCAA